AUGGCCAAUCUAGUUUUUGAGUUUCCAUAUUCUGGGUAUCCCACGUCAGAAAUUCCAUUUUUAACUUAUAAUCCAACUGGGUUAACACCGUAUCGCGCUUCGUCAUUAGAGAAUUCUAUUGGUGAUCAAUCUUCGGUCUAUCAUAUACCCGAUUCUCGACAAAUAUUUCAGAAUCUGAGCAAUGAUGUAAUCGUUUACAAAAUACCAGACAAUAUGUCUCUCAAGACACUCUUGAGGCAAUUGGGUGUAAAUGUUGAUUCCUUACAACAAGCUUCUCCGUCUGGUGAUCAUUUUAUAAGCACAUCGUUACCGACGACGUAUAUACCUGCGUCAUUUCCACGAGGCCGCCGUCGGCGAUUGAUUUGUCGGGAAGUUUCAGACUCGGAAGACGACUCCUCCUCCGAUUCAUUAUCACGCCACAACCGUCAUCGAAGUCAGUCCUCACGCAAUAAAUUCGAUCAAUCACCUGCACGUGUUCACAAUUUACUAAACAAUGCCUGGACUACAGCGGUAGAUGCAACACGAAGUUCGCCCCAACAACAAAAUGCACCCUCGCCACCCCCACCGCAAGAUCAACGAAAUGCUGUUGCGAACGUUUGGAAUCAAGCUGCAACUGCAACUAAAAACAAACCUAAUUUUCUCUCGAGCUUUUUCAACAAACUAAAAUCGGGAAAUACAAAUACGAGUUUACCGCCACAACAGCAAGGCAAUGCAGCAUUACAAAAUUUUGCUGCCGCAACUAAUCUUUCUGGUGGAGGAAACCAACCAAAUUCGCCUGUGGCAAAUGUAUUUAACGCAGCACAACGUGGUUCGCCUCCACCUGCACCGUAUGGAGCUCCGCCGCCGCAAUCAUCUGUUGGAUCCGUGUGGAAUCAUAUGAUUGCAGGGCCACGACCUCCUCCACCACAAUCAUACUAUCCACCACAACCAUCUGUUGGGUCCGUGUGGAAUCAGAUGUCGGCAGGACCACGACCUCCUCCACAACAAACAUAUUACCCACCGCAAUCAUCUGUUGGAUCCAUGUGGAAUCAGAUGACUGCAGGGCCACGACCUCCUCCACCACAAUCAUACUAUCCACCACAACCAUCUGUUGGAUCGGCGUGGAAUCAGAUGUCGGCAGGACCACGGCCUCCUCCACAACAAUCAUAUUACCCACCGCAAGCACCGAUGGGCUCAAUGUGGAAUCAAAUGUCGGCAGCAGCAGCACCAUCACCACCCUAUGGUGCUUCACCACCAAGCGGAACACAGCAGGGCAACCCUUCUGCUUCUACAAAUAUAUUAUCUACACUAUUUUCUCGACCACGUCAAUAG